AUGACGCCCCGUCUCUUUCCACUAUUUAAUGAGUUUAAACGUGGGAACACUAAUCUCACCGAUGAUGUGCAUGAGGGACGGCCUUCUACGGCGACGACUGAAGAUAACAUCAGUGUUGUGCGGCAUAUGAUAGAGACUGACAAAAGAGUGACCUAUCAGCAGAUCCGGGCAAGCUUAGGGAUUGGUAUGAGUCAAGUGCACAAAAUUCUUCAUGAACAUUUGGCGGUCAGGAAGCUUUGUGCCCGGUGGAUACCUCAUAAUUUGACCGAGGCUCAAAAACUCCGUCGUGUUGAUUGGUGUAAUGAAAUGCAUGAAAGAUUUAACGAAGGUAACUCAAAUUCUGUGUUUGACAUAGUUACGGGAGACGAAAGCUGGAUUUACUGUUAUGAUCCCGAAACUAAAAGACAGUCAGCUCAGUGGGUGUUUCCUUCCGAGGAGUUGCCAACUAAAAUGAGAGAUCGAAGCGUAGGAAAAAAGAUGGUGGCCUCGUUCUUUGGAAGGACAGGUCAUUACGCGACAAUUGUUUUAGAGGAUCGAAAAACAGUUACUGCAGAGUGGUACAGUAACAAUUGUUUGCCACGUGUUUUGGAAAAAGUGCGUGAGAAACGAACUCGCAGUAGGAUCCUCCUUCACCACGAUAAUGCUUCGUCGCACACCGCCAGACAAACGAUCGAUUAUUUGGUGACCUCAGACGUAGAACUACUGGGUCAUCCGCCUUAUAGCCCCGACCUCGCACCUUGCGAUAUUUAUUUAUUCCGAAAAAUAAAAGAAAAACUUCGAGGAAAACGUUUUAUGGACGCCGAGGAAGCUGUGGCUACGUUUCGGAAGGCCGCCGAAGAAAUCCCUAAGGACGAGUGGGCAAAGUGCUUUUCUCAGUGGUUCUAUCGAAUGCAGCGAUGUAUUGACGUGAAUGGACACUAUUUUGAAAAGAUAAAAUAA